AUGGGUCUAGAAAGUGGACCUAUGUUUAAAGAUCAUGAACUUAAAUCCAAUCCUAUUUAUGUAUUUAAACCGAGGUCCAGAUCCAGAUCCAGAUUCAGACCCAUUAGGUCUCAAAAGGAAUCUGAAAACAGUGCAGCAUUAUAUGGUGAUUUUGACGGGGAAGAUGAUAUCUUAAUGGAAGUAGAUGCUUUACAAAAAAGAAAUCUUCCUCAUGGUUCAAUUAAGAAGACGACAGAGAAAUUUGGUUAUUCCCAAAGGACCAUAAGCUAUUUAUGGAACAAGGUCGAGAAACAAAAACAAACAUCCCAAAAGUAUGAUUUAGAUCAUAGCUAUCACAAAUGUGGAAGAAAAAGAAUUACAGUCCCAUAUAAAAGUAUCGUAAGCAUUCAAAUGGGUGAUAGAACGUGCAUAAGAGACUUGGCAAAAAUUUCAGAGGAUAAUAAGCUGGUAAGAAUUCAUUGGAUGAUUAGUUUACUUGUACAAGAUUCGAUUCCAAUUCAACCACAAUACAAAUGUCUAUAUGACUUUGUUCAUAUCGAUGAAAAAUGGUUUUACUUGUCGAGAAAAUCACAGCGACUUUAUCUUGCAAAAAAUAAACCUAAACCUUACAGAAGUUGUAAAUCAUCCAAAUUCAUUCCGAAAAUUAUGUUUAUGUGUUGUGUGGCAAGACCUAGAUGGAACCAACAGGGUGAAUGUACUUUCGACGGUAAGAUAAGAAUUUUUCCAUUCACCGAAGAAGUACUUAUGAAAAGGGCUUCAAAGAAUAGACCAAUGGGGUGUUUGAAACAAAAACCAUAG